CAUUCUCUGCCUGGGAGGAGACUCCGAGGGUGUAGAGCUGGAGGGAGCAUUCACUGGCCAUGCCAGUACUUACCACUGAUGCUGAGUCAGAAACAGGUAUCCCAAAAUCCCUUUCCAAUGAGCCUCCCUCAGAAACCAUGGAGGAAAUAGAGCACACAUGCCCACAGCCUCGACUGACCCUGACUGCACCUGCCCCAUUUGCAGAUGAAACCAGCUGCCAGUGCCAAGCACCCCAUGAAAAACUCACCAUUGCUCAGGCCCGCUUAGGAACACCAGUUGACAGGCCUGUCAGAGUCUAUGCAGAUGGAAUAUUUGACCUCUUCCACUCGGGUCACGCAAGGGCACUUAUGCAAGCCAAAACAUUGUUUCCCAACAGCUACUUGCUGGUAGGAGUUUGCAGUGAUGACCUCACCCACAAAUUCAAAGGUUUCACUGUGAUGAACGAAGCAGAGAGAUAUGAAGCUCUCAGACACUGUCGUUAUGUGGAUGAAGUCAUCAGAGAUGCUCCGUGGACGCUCACACCGGAGUUUCUGGAAAAACACAAGAUUGAUUUUGUGGCCCAUGAUGACAUCCCCUACUCUUCCGCUGGCUCUGAUGAUGUUUACAAGCAUAUAAAGGAAGCAGGAAUGUUUGUUCCAACGCAGAGAACGGAAGGCAUCUCAACAUCAGAUAUCAUCACCAGAAUUGUCCGUGACUAUGAUGUUUAUGCCCGACGUAACCUCCAGAGAGGGUACACAGCCAAGGAACUGAAUGUCAGCUUUAUAAAUGAGAAGAAGUACCGCUUCCAAAACCAGGUGGACAAAAUGAAGGAAAAGGUCAAGAACGUGGAGGAAAGAUCAAAGGAAUUUGUUAACAGAGUAGAAGAAAAGAGUCAUGAUCUCAUUCAAAAAUGGGAAGAGAAGUCGAGGGAAUUCAUUGGCAACUUCCUAGAACUUUUUGGGCCUGAUGGAGCAUGGAAACAGAUGUUCCAGGAGAGGAGUAGCCGGAUGCUGCAGGCCUUGUCCCCGAAGCAGAGCCCCGUGAGCAGCCCUACCCGGAGCCGGUCCCCUUCCCGUUCCCCGUCGCCCACCUUCUCAUGGCUCCCGAUCAAAACCUCACCCCCCUCCUCGCCCAAAGCAGCCUCAGCCUCCAUCAGCAGCAUGAGCGAGGGGGAUGAGGAUGAGAAGUAAAGGCUGCUGGCAGACGACAAGAGCUACACCACGCAGGCUAGGGAGGAGGGCGGGGACACUGGGGAUGCCUGGGUGGUGUUUGCAGGGUAAUAGUCACAGGAGCUGUAGCUCGGCAGGGAGACCCUGAGCUCUGCUAAGGGAAGGCCUUGGGACCAGCUCUCCCUCAGUCUCCACUCAGCCCAAGACUUGGGCUCUGCAUGGAGGUUUCCAGCCGGACAACCUAUACACACCUUAGCAUCAUCUAGAAUCACUCUACUUUAACCUUGCUAAGGAAAGACGCAGAGCACCCCUGGGAGACUUGCACCGAGUGGGGUGUCUUCUGCCUUGGUCCUUACACCCACCCUUACCAAGUACACCACCUGUGGAAGCGGCUGUUCCCUCAACCUGCUACUUCUGGCUCGUAAGGGCCCUGCACGUCGCCUCCUGCCAUCCCAGCUCUGCCAGAAUAAAGUUGUUUCCAAUAGAGGUGGCAAAGUGCUUCUGAAAUAGUCGAGUUAAAGACAAAUUUCAACUUUCUCAGUUUAGCCACUGAGACCUGAUGUUGCAACGCAUCAAUUCUUUCCGGCUCCAGGAAUGUGGCACCUAGAUGAAGCCUUGCUUUAGGCCACAUAUACAAAAGGUCAUCUAGUGUGAACCUUAACUUCUUCUUCAAAGGGCAAUUUUGUCAAGGAGAACUCCACAUAAGGCCUAAUGUGCUCCUGGUUGUACUUUUUCAUCAUUGGUUUGACUUCAUUGUUUUCUAGAAAUUACCUUAAUCUGUGGGAAAUGCAACAAAGAAAAAUAUCCUAUAUAUAUAUAUAUAUAUAUAUAAAAGAGGAGCUGCUUUCUUUGGCUCCAAGUUUAGUAGAUGGUAAAUGUCUCUUGAAGCUUCUCCUUAAAGGAUGCUUUUAUGGAAUGGCUUUUCCCAUUUCUGACCAGUUAACAGUUUCAUAGACCUCAAGUAACAGUUUGAUGUACCAAACCACAUAGUAUACCAAUAGGGGGUGCUACCUGCACGUGUCUGUUCUAUGUAUGCUCCAACGAUGCCAUCCAGGGUGUAUACCAUAUGCAAUAUGAAUAUAUAUGGUGAUGGCAUUUUACGAUCUCCUCCUCUCCCCUGCCCUCGCCCUAAUACCCUGCUGAAAUCCUUGGUCUACAGAACUACCUGGUUCCUUGCGACUUGGGCACUUUGUCAAAAGCUCAUCCUGGAUUCUUGUGGAAAUGUCUCGUCCCAACCAGGAAAUUGGCAUGUUGUUCUCGUGGCCUCACAAUAGUUUCGGGUGGAGGGAGGCUCUGGAGAGUUUCACAGAGCACUGUGGGAACCUCAGUCUGAUCUCAGCAUCUGAAUGGUCUAGGCAGUAUUGUAGUUAUCCUCCGCCCUUGGUUUGAUGAAUGGGAUGAAGACUCUAAGCAUUCCUGCUGAGUUGUUUGAAGUUACUUCCCCUAAUCGCAGGUCGGGAGAGAGCAGGUGAUCAAGGUGCACAGCCACACUCUUGAGUAGGAGGCUUUGCCUGCUGUCCCAGUAAAGCCAGAGACAGAGCUGGGCCUGAAUGAGCAGAGGUCCAAACCAGCAACUGUGGGCAGAGCUCAGCAUCUUUUGUGACAGAAACACCCCUUUUCAGAGGCCUUGGGACCAGCCUUCUGGGUGACCAGUGGGGCAGCCAGUGAAGGAAGGUGGCAUGUCUUUCCCCUUUGUAUUGGGGUUGAACUACCUCCCUGCCCACCUGGAGAUGAGUAGUGUUUGUUGGGAAGCAAAACCAUGAGGCUAAGCUGGCUUAGAACCCCGGUUGUUGCUGGCACUUUCUCCAGAACUCUGUCAGGCCCUCAUGCGGGAUAGAGAGCUGGUGGGAACAUGGCAUAUGAGAGGAAAACUCCUUUUUAUAGUCAAGGCCCAGAGCAUUGCUCUGCAGAGAGAGGCAAAGGCCCCAUUCUUCCAUGGUAUCCAUUUGGUCUCUCUCUUUCAUCACGCACCUAGGGCAAACUAGGCACAUAUACCUACCAUUUCAGUUAGUGACAUUUACAGCAGCAAAAGGAGGAGGAGACCAGUGGGCAAGGCAAGGUGGUGAGAACAAGGGAAGAGAAAAGGAAAAGAGAGGUGCCUGGAGAGAGGAAAGGAGGUUAACAAAAACCUGUGCUCUCAACCAUUUCAAGACUCACUUUGCAGGGGAAACUCUUGGGAAGGCCUUUUAUGCACUUACUCCAUGGCCCAGGGCAGAUAGAUCCACUUUUACCUGAAUCCUGCUCUGAGGCAAACAGCGUGGGGUUGAUGUAUCAGGCUGAUUAUAAGUUUGCAGGCCUUACACACCAUACUGACAGGUGCCACUUAUGUGACUCAUCAGAUUCAGUGCCAUCAUAGCUGCCAAUUAUGGGAAGUGACCAAUGCCUGGGAUAUUCCAAGGAUGGGCCAAAACAACCCACAAGUGGGUUCUAAACCCAGCCUACUUCCCCCUCCUGACCUCUAACAAUACCCCCCACCCACCUAAGGCUACAAAACUACUGAGAGGAGUGGGGAGCAUUCUACCACACAACUUUCUCGAUGCUUCCUGGCUAUCGAUUUCUCCCAGCCCCUCCUCCCUCCUAGGAAGAGAUGGUGACUCUUUGUGAGGGCCAGCCAGUCAACAGUAAUGACCAAGGGUGAGGUAGGAUUGGAGAGAUGUAGAAAGUAUGAUGCAAGCUUGGAGAGGUAAGCAGAAAUGACAGAAAGCCAGGAAAGACUUCUUUCUGCCCUAGAAAGAGACAGCCAGUAGGGUUGUGGAAGGGGGCAGGUUAUGGAGAUAGGCAAAAUUAGGGCUGAAGGAGGGUGGGAGUGGGAGAGAAAUUACUUUCCACUCCCUUUCAAAGUGUCCCUCACCCGCUAACAGGUGAGGAAGGCAGACUGCCUUUCACAGACACCGGGGCUAGCAGGUCCCCAUGCGGGAUGUGGCUUCCCUGCCCCCAAGCUUCCCCAUUUCAGCACUUCUCCAUUAGCUGCCACAUCCUCCUUCCGGGAGAACCUGAAAUCACACAUUCACCCUUCCACCAGCUAAAAGCACGGGGGAAUUGUAACGUCAUAGUCACAUUGAAUGGCCCGUUUCUGGCAAGCCAGCUCCCGUGUGCCAGGACCUUACCAAGGUAAAGGAAACUAACCUUAAGAGGAAGGAUCCUGAGACUGAACUCUGCCUUCUGCCCUGCUCCCGGGGGAAGAGCCACAGCUGUGGGAUUGCAAGCUCGCUCCACGCCUUAGGCUGCCGUUACUGUGAGUCCAUCCUUUGAGGGAGGGCUAGGAAGAGUAUCGAUUUGUUUUCUCGCCAUCUUCAGGACUGACUAGCACCCAGGCAUACCCCGGGGAGACAUGUGAGAUGGCCUGACAGACUCAGCUGAAUCAGAUGAGCCUGCACGGAGCAGAGCUGUUCCUGUUCCACAGGCAUCCAUUCAGCACUGGUGUUGGCCAUCAGGUUUUUUAAAAAAGAAUAAGCUCAUGAGGCAUUUGCAACUUCUACUUCUCUCUAGACCUGAGUUUUUUUGUUGUGUCCCUGCAAUGUGUCCCGGGACAAAGCCAUAAGAAGAGCAUACAUACUUAAGACGAUGCUGUAUAUACACAACAACAACUUGUCUGGGUUAAAGCACGACCCUGCGCCCAAGCAUUUGCUCUGGUGCUGAAUACCGCGAACCACCGGAAUCAGCCCCCACCUAUCCCGCCCCUUCCUGCUCCAUACCCACUCCUGCUCCCAAACGGAAUACGGCAUUCUCAAUUUGUUUAUAAAUAAAGGGAUGCA